GCUGUGUGGGCGUUUCUGGGUGAUUGCUCGCAGAUUUCUUCGUUCUUAUUGGUUAACAACAACGGGGUCCGUGUGAACCGGGAAGAGGAGGGGGCUGUGGUCAAACCCACCGCGACCUAAACAGCACCAGGAGGGAGAGAGGGGAGGAGAGCCGCAACCCGCAGCAGCAGCGUCGCAACCCCGCUUUCAGCCUGCAUGGGCUAGUCGGUUAGUUAGCUUAGCAUCGUCCGACUACGCCGCACCGCCUCUCCUGUCGCCGGGAACCCCGGGUUGUUAUCUCCGUGUUUUGCUUUCCGUCCCCCACCAGUCCUGCCUUGCCCCCUGCUUCAAGAUGAUGAAGUUUAGGUUUCGUCGGCAGGGCACCGACCCGCAGAGAGAGAAGAUAAAACAGGAGCUUUUCGCCUUCAACAAGACGGUGGAGCAUGGGUUCCCUCAUCAGCCCAGUGCUUUGGCCUUUGACCCCAAGCUGCAACUUAUGGCCAUUGGGACCAAGUCAGGAGCCAUCAAAGUCUACGGGGCCCCCGGUGUGGAGUUCACAGGACUGCACAAAGACACCACUGCUGUCACACAAAUUCACUUCCUACCUGGACAGGGCCGACUGCUGUCACUGCUGGAUGACAACACAAUUCACUUGUGGGAGCUGGUGGCCAGUGCCCCAAGGGAGGUGGGCGGGGUUAAGAGAGAGGGUGUGCUCUCUUUACAGGAAGUGCGCAGCUACAGCCUCCCAGGAAGACCCGGCAUUGAGAGUUGCAGUGCCACUCGGGUUACUGUCCUCCUCUUGCUGAGGUCCUGUGACCUACUAUGCAUUGGAACAGAGGGAGGGGGUGUCUACUUCCUGGAGUUGCCCCACCUCUCACUGAAGGACAGCCAGACACUGUCCCAGGAUCAGGUCACUCAGAGCCUGCCAGAUGAUUACAGAUGUGGGAAGUCCUUGGGGCCGGUGGAAUCUCUUCAGGAACAUCCUCAGCAGGCAGGGAAGAUUCUCAUUGGCUACAGCCGGGGCCUGGUGGUGCUAUGGGAUCUGAGCACCCGUCAUGCUGAGCAGCUCUUCCUGGGCAAGCAGCAGCUGGAGAGCCUGGUGUGGGAACGCACUGGAAACUUGUUUGUCAGUUCUCAUAAUGAUGGAGGCUACUCCAUGUGGGCCGUUACUAAUGGCAACACCUAUAAUCACCAGCCAGUGUCCGCAACCAUCCCAUACGGUCCAUUUCCCUGUAAGGCCAUCAACAAGAUCCUGUGGAGGACAACACAGACAGGUUCUCCAGUGUUGUUAUACAGCGGAGGGAUGCCCAGAGCCAGCUACGGUGACCGCCACUGUCUUACCAUCCAACAAGACAAAGACCACGUAACUCUCGACUUCACAUCCCGAGUCAUUGACUUCUUCACUGUCCACAACAUCGAGCAAGAGAAAGAGUUUGAUGAGGCCUCUGCAUUGGUUGUGUUACUGGAAGAGGAGCUGGUUGUGAUUGACCUCCAGACUCCCGGGUGGCCCUCUCUGCCCACCCCCUACCUGGCUCCGCUGCACUCCUCAGCCAUUACCUGCUCCUUCCACAUCUCCACUGUCCCUCCCAAACUCUGGGAGAGGCUGGUGAACGCUGGCAAAGCGCAGCAGGGCCGACAACAUGCACAUGGGAGUUGGCCCAUAUGUGGAGGGAAAAACCUGGCACCUCCGCCCAAACAACAAGAGCUGCUUUUGACGGGACAUGAAGACGGCACUGUGCGUUUCUGGGAUGCAUCAGGUGUUGCUCUUACACCGCUGUACAAACUCAGCACGGCCAACGUCUUCCACACCGACUGCGACCCCAGCGACGACCCUCAGGACUCUGGUGAUGACCCCAACAUGCAGCAGGAGGAGGAAUGGCCCCCUUUCAGAAAGGUGGGCUGUUUUGACCCAUACAGCGAUGACCCCAGGCUGGGCAUCCAGAAGAUCAGUCUGUGCAAAUACAGCAACAAGUUGGUGGUGGCUGGGACUGCUGGACAGGUGAUUGUUCUGGGUUUGAGUGACGAGCGCUCAGACCACUUGGUGGACGUGUCGGUGGUUGACCUGCUACAGGACAGGGAGGGCUUCACCUGGAAGGGCCAUGACAGGCUGGAGCCACGCCUUAAACCUGCACCCUUCCCUCCGGGCUAUCAGCCGCUGGUGCUGGUGCAGUGCCUGCCCCCGGCCUCUGUUACAGCUGUGGCGCUGCAUGCAGAGUGGAACCUGAUCUCCUUUGGGACGAGUCAUGGAUUUGGCCUGUUCGACUACCAUAGACGAAAUGCUGUGCUGGCCAGGUGUACCCUGCACCCUAAUGACUCCUUGGCGAUGGAGGGCCCCCUAUCCAGAGUCAAGUCCUUGAAAAAGUCCUUGCGACAGAGCUUCAGACGCAUCCGCAAGAGCAGAGUGUCUGGGAAGAAACGCACCAUCACAACACCCACCAGCAAGGUCCAGGAGGCCAAUGCUGCUCUAGCAGAGCAGGAGGAUGUGGCUCCGGUACAGCGAAGGAUUGAACCCCGGUCAGCAGAUGACUCGCUGUCUGGAGUCGUCCGAUGUCUGUGCUUCGCCGAUACCUUUCUGCGUGAUGGUACGCACCACGGCCCCACACUAUGGGCAGGCACCAACUCGGGGAGCGUGUAUGCCUACGCUCUGGAGGUGCCCGGUGUGGGCUCAGGGCGUGCGUGUGAGCGUGGUGGAGCGGGCGAAAGCAGUGUGUGUGUGGAGGCGGUGUUGGGUAAAGAGAUCCAGCUCAUGCACAGGGCCCCCGUGGUGUCGAUCUGUGUGUUAGACGGCCGAGGGAAGCCGUUACCGGAUCCAUACGAAGCCUCCCAGGACCUCGCCAUAGCACCGGACAUGACCAAUGCUCACUCUGUGCUCAUCGCCUCAGAGGAGCAGCUAAAGGUGUUCUCUCUCCCGAAGGUGAGCGCUAAGACCAAGUUUAAGCUGACGGCGCAUGAAGGCUGUCGGGUGAGGAAGGUGGCCCUGGUGGUUUUCAGCUCCACGGCUCAGGAAGACUACAGUGAACACACACUGGUCUGUCUGACCAACCUGGGCGACAUGCAUCUCUUUAACAUACCUGGCCUUCGACCACAGGUGCGCUACGAUUGCAUCCGUAAAGAAGACAUAAGCGGCAUUGCAUCCUGCGUUUUCACCAAGAACGGACAGGGGUUUUACCUGAUCUCUCCCUCAGAGUAUGAGAGGUUCUCCCUGUCUGCCAAGGUCCUCACUGAACCGCUCUGCUCUGUUCAGCUGGACCGACCGCUGGAACCUACACCUGCCAGUGAGCCGCAGGCCAACGGAACCCACAAGAACCAGAUGGGUCAGGCUGAGGGGCAAACAGAAGAGCCCCCGAGCGCUCUCUCCUCUCCUAUCCUGGAUACUCCCCUGGACUCCCCCCUCAGCUGUGCUGACCUCACCCUCGACUCAACCGGAGAACUGACUGUGGAGGAUGUCCGAGAUUUUCUAACCACUGUGGACGAAGCAGAGAAUAACCUAAAGAACAUAAAAGAGGAGGAGGGACGCUCGACUGGCAUCCUCAUUAACUGAACAGUAUUACAGGGAGGAGCUCAAGUGGACUGGACGGACCAGAUUUCAGUGCUGGACCACAAACAUCUUCCAUGAGCCCACUGUGGAGCCCCCAACCAGCACUCUGCACUCCCCUGUCAGCCUGGCACAAACUUGGAGGAAAGUCUUAAAUGGACGAAAAAUACAGCAGUGAAGACUCUCGUUGUGGUUCCUCCCAUCGGAAGAACAAAAUCUUCUCCUUCUAUAAUCACUUUGUAAACAUGACUUUGCCUCCCACAUAGAGACAGAGACAGCCUAUUUGGCACAGUGUGGUGCCUGGAUGGACCUGAUCCUGAGCUCAGGAACUGAAAACUGGAAUUCCCGUCGUCCAGCUUGACUCAGUGUGAUUGUUCCUCCACGACUCCACUGGUGACUUGAUGGUUACAGGACGUUCUCCAGGCACAGUGACUGUGGCUCAGCCUUUGAGGAAACGGCUGUUACAUUCUGCAUAAGAGGCUUACCGGUGACAUUUCUGUGUUUUCAUAUUUCUGUCCACAGUUUUGUGGCGUGCUGGGAUCAGUUUGAGGUUUCCCCACACUUGGAAUUGGCAAUUGCCAGAUGUGCUUGUUGAUUCCUCGUGCACACUUGUGGAUGUGUUGGGUUGUUCUGUACGCUGCUUAACAUCACCACAGACCUGUGAACGACCCAUGAACUGAGGAUGUCCACCAGAGACUGAAGAGGAAAAGAGCUUAAAGAUUAGCAAAUGAAGUAUUUUGAUUAUUUGAUUAUUGAAAGCUGUAGCAUUUGUAUUCUUCCCCUGUUAGGUGCCAUUAAGGGCAGUUUAAUGCCUCGCCCACUGUCAUGUGUGAGGUGGUGCAUAAAUCAGCUGUUUUGAAAUCGGUGAGCCAAUACGUCGUUGCACACAAGCACAUUACCACCGAGGUUUUAAGAAGCUUCUUGUCUACUCUCUUGGUGUAGAAGACAGAGACUGAAUGCUGGGACACUGAAGGUGGUUUGCAUUGCGAAGACUGAUGCUUUGUUAAAUGUGUUUUGUAUGGCUUCUGGCAAAAGUAAAAGAAAAGUGCA